AUGAACCUGAAAGAUUUUGUCGACCAGUUUGAUAAUGCAUUGAAAAAAAAAAUUGAGAAUGAAAAUGCCGCAGACUUCCACUCAUUUAGUGUCACAACCCUCUGCAUAUCUAGAUCUCCAAUUGAGAAGAGGUUUCAAGAGUUGUACACAAAUUCGAAAUUCAAGGAAGUACAACAACAAAUUACCGGCAUGAUCGAUAUGAAUCCAAAGUUACAUCAGAGUGAUGGUGCAAUGAAGACUUAUCUUCUAAAGGAUGAAGUUCAUUUGGCAGAGUUCACUAAACUAGUUACAUAUUAUGUGGACUUUAAUGAAGUAGAUUCAGCUGCAAAGUGUUCUUGUGGAUUAUUCCAGAUGAGGGAGAUAUUAUGUAGGCACAUUUUGGCCGUAUUCAGAUGUAACGAGAUUAAAUUUUUGCCAGAUAGUUACGUUUUAGAUCAAUGGACGAAGGAUAUCAAACGGCGAUAUACGUUGAUCCACAGUAGCUAUGAUGCGGGGAAACAACAAACAGAUACUAAUAGAUAUUCGGAGAUGUUGAAUAUCUGCUAUCAGAUGAUUACUAUUGCAGCAGGUUCGAAAGAGCAUACUUAG